AUGUCUUUCCCUUACAGCAAAGUCCUGGUCAUCGGCGCCACAUCAGGCAUUGGCAAGGCACUGGCAGCCAAGCUCGUGCAAAAUGGUACCCAAGUUGUCAUUGCUGGUAGGCGGAAAGAGAACCUGGAAGAGUUCGUCAAGGAGCAUGGUAGUGAGAAGGUCAAGUCCAAGGUUCUUGACGUCCUGAACCUUGAAGCAAUCCCCCAGUUUGCUUCAGAGGUGAUUUCCGAGAAUCCUGACCUUGACUGUGUCUUUCUCAACUCCGGAAUCCAGCGCCCGUUCGAUUUUGCAAACCCCGAGAGCAUCGAUCUGAACGUUUUCGACCAAGAAUUGAUCACGAACUAUACCUCAGCAGUUCGUCUCACUAAAGCAUUCCUCCCACACCUGCAGAAACAACCGACUCAGACUGCCAUUGCAUUCACAACGUCACAAAUGGCCCUUGUUCCAAUGAUGCGCUGUCCGAAUUACGGUGCCUCAAAGGCUGCGUUGCACCAUUUCAUCCUCGCCCUGCGCACGCAACUGCAAGGUGGACCUGGGAAUGUGAAGGUGCUGGAGAUAUACCCGCCCGCUGUGCAGACCGAGUUGCACGACGCCAAGCACCAGCCGGAUCUGAAAGACGGCCAUCUCAUUGGAAUGCCGUUACAGGAAUUCAUUGACGAAGUGUGGGCUAAGCUAACCCAGGGCGAGGAACAAAUCCCGGUUGGAUCAGCGAAGGAUAUCUUUGAGGCGUUUGAGGUUGAGAGGCAGCAGAUAUAUCAACAGAUGACUGAGAUGCUGACAGGUUUGCUCAAAAAAUUCUUGCGAUGA